AAAAUUGUUGCUUCGAAUGCUGUGAAAAUUUGACUUGAAUGCUGUGCAGUGAUUCAGCGUUAGUGUUAGAGUCUUAGAUACCGAGUAUGUCUGUCGACGGUAACAUUAGUUCAGAAACUGUCAACUCUGACCCCCCUCGGGGCGGGGUUGUAAUCCGGGGUGGGGACAGUUUGGCAGCUGUGUGUGGGGUGAAUGCGUCUAAAAGGAGGAGGGUGGAGCAUCACUCGUUCGGGGAGGGGGACUGUAGUUGGAGGGUGGAGGCCAGUCAGGGUCUGAUGACCGACAGCAAGCAGACUGACAUGCUGGUUGAGGAGCUAGGACUGCCCCAGAUGCCAGAGAUGGUGUUUCUGGACAACACAGUGUCUCUUAGUUUCAAAGGUGAAGAAAGGAUCCGGUUUUCAGCCAAAGAUGCCCUGGCAACAGUUAGUCUCAUUCCAGAUCCUAAUGUGAAAGUAGCAGCCACAAGUAAAUGGAGAGAAGCCAGGAAAGACAGUGAGUACAUAGAUAGGGAGACAUUGAAGUUCGACUGGACCUUCACACCAGACUACUCUGGCACCUUCUCCAAUAUACCACCUCACAAGAUCAGAGACGUGGAGCAUGAGUGGGAAGUGAUCAAUGUGGAGAAGUUGACCAGAAGAGACCCCAUCCUCUUCUUCCAAGACCUCAUUCUGUUCGAAGACGAGUUGUCGGACAACGGCUGCGCCAUGCUCAAUGUCAAACUCAGAGCCAUGAAGACAUGCUUCCUUCUCUUACUCAGGUUCUACCUGCGUGUGGAUGAUGUGAUGGUGCGAGUGAUCGACUCAAGAUUCUACACUGAGCCCAGCUGGAGUGUGAUAGUUUGGGAACACACCAAAAGAGAGGCCUCCAUUCCAGAACUCAGAGCACAGGACAUAGGCUACAGUGAGAUCACAAGGCCAGACGAGAUUUCUCCCAAGCUGACAGUGCUUAGUCAAAAGACACAAGUGAUCGAACUAAACUGAAUUGAAAUGACUCAAAUUAAUUGCCAAAUUAGUUGUGAUACACCUCGUUAUAAAACUCAUGCUUCAUUGAAUACCCUGAAUGAAAUUGACUUUCUAAGUGUUUUCUCAUUGAUUGAAGAUAUUUAAUGACAACCCUUACAAUG